GCAAAAUAUUAUCAGCGCGCACCUCGCACCCUCUUGUUGAUCUCCUUUUCGUCCUCUUUUCAAUGAACGACAUAUUUCAACGAGCUAUUAAAAAAAAAAACCUUUUGGCUGUCGUAGACGCUUGAAGGCUCGGGGCUAUAGAGAAAUGAGCGGACGACGUUCCCUGGCAUUGCAGCGUGCCCCCCGCCCCCAGGACACCGACCCCCAGAGCCGCAUUCAGCCAUGAGCCUAUGAGCAGUGGGAAAAGAUGCCGCGCACGAAGCAGAACCAUCCGAAGAACCUGAAAGAUAAGAUAGAAGAGGCACAGAAAGAACUGAAAGAGCCCAACAUUACCCAGAAAGGUCUUGGUGAAAGUGGCCGGAGACAUGCAGAAGUUAAGGGCUUGAAGAGGAAAAAAGUAAUUGGGGAGAACCAGCAGAAGAAGGUCCCAAAGUCUCCUGUGAAAAAGCCUCCACAGUCCAAGCCCUCAGAGGCAGGGACCUUCCGGGAAUCCAGGGAGCCAACGGCCUCCUGUUCCUUUUCCAGGCGCUCUUCCCAAAAUAUAACCGAUUCUUCCAACAAAAAUGGAGACACAGACAGCAUACUGCAGGUGCGGCCACAGACUGCUGGGAGGUUGAAGGGGGAGGCCACACCCAGCCCAGCUGCCUGUGAGAGGCUAAUGCAGACUGAGGUGACCCACAACCAACCAGCAUCGUGUGCUCUGUCUAAAGGAGGGAAGGAUGCAGAGGGUACUCAACUGAAAGAGGACUGGAUGAGCCAGGCUGACAGUGGGUUGCCCUCGCACUCAAGUGCUCCCCUUGAGGUCUUGCUCAAGGCUAUGGAGCCAGACCUUAGUUCCCUAACGAGACAGAAGAGCUCCUUCCCUGGGGCUCCGAUUGGGAAAGUGGACCCGGUUCCUGCUGCACAGCCCACCGGACAAGGUUCUGCAGCUAUACCAGCUGUCAGCUAUGGCAUCCCGUCCCAGCCAAUACCGGCACAUUACUACCCUAGACCUCAGGUGGUGCUGGCGAGUGGAGAUACUGCCGGACAAGUCGCACCCCUGCAAUUCCAGCCGCUUGAGGUACCAACGCAGAGCAACCAGACAAACUCGCAGCACAAUGCCAUGAAGUUUUCGCCAGCAGCUGCUAACCACCCUCGAGAGAAGCAUGACCUUCAGCAGUUGUAUGGUGCUGUGCCUGCUGCCUCCCUGACUCACACACCGGUUCCCCCUAGUCAGAAGGCCCUGCCUCAGAGCCAGCCAGUAGUCUACACCUGUCAGUCUGUUUCAGCCAGUGUGCCCAGUACAAUUCAGGUCCCAGUCACGCCUGGAUACAACCAGGUUCAAAUGGCCACAAUUGUUAACCCUGGUCUGGAGCAAGUUUCCAGUAUAUCUGGCAAGGAUCAAAAACCGAAGAAGCAGGGGAAGUAUGUAUGUGAAUACUGCAACCGGGCAUGUGCUAAACCUAGUGUCCUGCUCAAGCACAAGCGAUCUCAUACAGGUGAAAGGCCCUAUCCUUGUGUCACCUGUGAUUUCUCGUUCAAAACAAAGAGUAACUUGUACAAGCAUAAGAAAUCCCAUGCGCAUGCUAUAAAACUGGGCAAGGUGGUGCGGUCUGAUUCUGGAAGUAGAGCCUUGUCUCAAGAAUCGGACAAAGGUCUCGGCACACACUCUGAUGUGGAAGAGAGUGCUGAAAGUGACAAGGAAAGCGUCGCUGACUUGGACCCAGACUGUUCACAGAGCAGCAGCAGAGCUUUGUCUGAGAGCAGUUUGCAGAGCGCUUGUGCCACACAAGACAGACAGGGUGAGGUUGAGCUGCCUGCUGUCCUUGAGACUCUGAAAUCUGUGAACAACCAGAAGCCCUCUGAGCCUAAAGCAACUUUACCAAAAGUAGUUGUCCAUCCGGUCAACGUCUCCCCUUUGCGAGCAGACAGUCCGAGAGCUGGAGAUUCCACCCCAGAGCUAGCCACAGCUCAAAGGCAAAGAGAGUUUCAGACAAUGAGUGUGCGUCCCACCAUUAAGGUCUUGUCUUCUUUGAAAGAGGUGGACUGCACCAGUCCCCCGCAAGAGGCGAUAAGUGAGGUUGAGGACCAGGUUUGCAAGUCACCUCCAGGGGGGGGACAUGCACAGCUACAAAGGCAGCAGGCAACUGACUUCUCUCAACAACAGCAAGGCAAAUGUUUGCUGAGUCCCCGCAGCUUGGGCAGCACAGACUCUGGAUACUUCUCACGUUCUGAAAGUGCCGAUCAAGCAAUGAGUCCCCCUAGCCCAUUUGUCAAGAUUAUACCACCAACAGACAUGGAUGUGUCCAAAAAUAUGUUACCUAGUUCUGCUACAGUUGUGGCAACAGUCAUGCAGGCCAGCUGUGUGGAGAAGCCCCCUGCUUUACAGCGACAGAUUCGUCCUCCAUUAGAGACUAAAGCACUCUCACUUGAAGAACACAUUUCAAAGUUGAUAUCAGAUAACGAAGCAGUCGUAGAUGACAAACAGCUGGACAGUGUAAAGCCUCGAAGGACUUCUUUGUCAAGACGUGGAAGCAUAGACUCCCCCAAAUCAUACAUAUUCAAGGAUUCUUUUCAGUUUGACCUCAAACCAAUGGGCAGAAGAUCAAGCUCUAGUUCUGACAUACCCAAAUCUCCAUUUACACCCACCGACAAAUCUAAGCAAGUGUUUCUCUUAUCUGUCCCUUCUCAGUAUCCAUCAAUGGACUGUUUGCCAAUAACAAGGAGCAAUUCAAUGCCUACAACACCAGGAUAUUCAGCUAUUCCCAUUAAAGCUGCUCCUCAACCCCACCCAUUGAGAGUCUGUCAGUCAUUCGAUGACAAAAUUAGUUCUAGUAAUGAUGAUGUAUUCAUAUCGGCCCCUCCUACUCCUAAUCCAGCAAUGCAUCCACGCACGCUUGUAAGACAGAUUGCAAUUGAAGAUUCUUCUGCCACUGAAGGACACAGCCUUUCUUCUGCCCGGUCCAUGGAUGAGGGCUACCGUGGACCUAAUAUAUACAAUGAGGUUCUGCAAAGAAGCAAGUCCUUCGAACAAGGACCUGCACCUGAAAGAAGCAAAAAGCCCCAGCAAAACAAAGGCACAAUGUACGAAUGUGAGACUUGUCGCAAUCGAUACCGGAAACUUGAAAACUUUGAAAAUCACAAAAAGUUUUACUGCUCUGAGCUUCAUGGACCAAAAAAUAAGUCUGUCCCUGUUCGGGAGACUGAUCCAGACCAGUGUCUCAGAAAUGUGCAGCAAUCCCAGGUGUUCCAGGGGACAGUGGGUGUGCCUGGUUUGAUGGAACAAGUUUCAGCAGUGAGAAAAAGAAGGAAAAUGAAAAGUGUCGGUGAUGAUGAUGACCAGUCCCCAACAGACACCAACCCUCCUUGUUCUGGAAGUUUUGAUUCCUGCCAAAUGUCCAAAGAUGUUCGGACUGGAAUCUUUUCUCAGCAUUCUGUCUUACUGGAUUUGCAAUCCGCCAGCAAUUUGUCACAGGUCCCUCACAUGCAAUUAAUUGCAAGAAGCACUGAAACGUCAGAGUCAAGAUUAUCUCCAAUUAGGGAAACUCAAAUUAAUAUCUGUAGUAAAGAGCGAGAAGUACAGAGGCAAGGUAGUGGGACAUCUGUCAUUCGACACACAAAUUCUCUUAGUAGGCCUAAUUCUUUUGAAACAUCUGAGUCCAUUGACAAAUCCUCUCCUGUUGAUAUUUUGGACAGAGAAACCCAGAGCAUGACUAAAACGGUAACUGGAAAUUCAUCAAGUACUGUGCGAGAAAGUCAGCCAGAGUCAGCACCAUUACAGAAAUGUGCUAGCACAGAAAGACCUAUUGUGGAUCAGCAUGUUGACCACGUAGCAUCAGUGCCACCUGAAAGCUCUGUUCCAGUGCAGCAGUCACGUCUGGUACGCCAAAACAACAUCCAGGUGCCAGAAAUUCUUGUGACAGAGGAACCUGACAGAGAACAGGAAAGCCUGGGGCACGAGCCAGAGAAACAUUUGGAAACAUUCAACUGGCCCCAGAGAAGUGAAAGCCUUUCUAAGUUGCCCACAGAGAAGCUUCCCCCUAAAAAGAAGAGGAUACGGCUAGCUCAAAUGGAGCACUCCUCUGGAGAAUCCAGCUUUGAGUCCACGUUGUCCCGCAGUCUUAGCAGAGACAGUAGUUUGUCUCGAGGUUCCAGUAUUUCUGCAUCAUUUGAUCGAGAUGACCUGCCCCGUUCUGAGAGCCCAGUGAGGGUGGAGUGUGCUAUCAAACUUCCAGAGUUUCAAGGGUUGUCUUUAGUUAACAAUACCUUGGGUGUUCCUGACUCUAAAGUAAUGAGACGAGCUGCAUCAGAACAGAUUAGCUGUACUCAGCCCUCGGGGGAGAUUGACACAGACUAUCGUAGUAAGUCUUUUGAUUGUGGAACAAUAUCACCUACCAGAUCAUUGUCACCUCUAGAGAAAGUCUUGCCAAAGAGUCCACAGGCUCCAUCAGGGGUCCAAGUGCCUCUCCUCGAAAGGAGAAGGGGGCCUCUUGUUCGUCAGAUGUCCCUAAAAAUUGGACCAGAGAGUCAGCAGCAGGCAGGGAAGCAGAUUCUGCAUAGAAAUCCAUCAGCAAAUGCAGUGCCUGUUCCUCCACAUAGGCCUGCUACAAGGCCUGUUAUUGCACAGCCUCUUAUUCCCCACCAAGUAAGUCCUGUAGAAUCUCUUCAGCAGCCAACUGGACCCACAGUUCAGAGCAUCAACUUAGGAAGCCAGACCCAACACCCUACAGUUCAUGGCCUUCCACAUCCCUGGCACCAAUCCACCAGGGUAAUGUGCCAAAGUGUACAACAGCUUUCAGUCCAUGAUGCGUCAGGUUCCAAGGAUUUUCAGAACAAUUCUCUUAACUCGCAGGAUAAACACUUUGUGCCCAAAUACCAGUUGCAGUAUUCUGCCGUAAAAACAAGCCAAACAUAUUCACUCCCAAGCACGCAGGUCAUGCAGAUCAGCCCGCCUGUCAGCAGUCUUCCUGUGGCUAAUGAGAUUGCUAGUGUGUCUAAGCCAACAGAUGGAAUUCAGAAUGUAUGUGUGAUUCCACAGAAUCACCAGGUAGCAGCACCUAUUGUCUUGCCGAUUUGUCUUCAAGGUAAUCUGUCCUCAUUCAACAGGACAGGUGUCACUCCUCUGCCACAAAUUCUAGUCACCCAUGAGCAGCUGAACACUUCCACAAAAGCAGCUUGCCAUAACCAACCCCCUCAAUCCAUGGACAGUGACGUUGAGAAUUCAACACACAUUCAAAUAGACAGGCCACCAGUCUCCGCUAGUCAGAUAAAUUCUGGCUCAGUUCCAGAAAACCAGAAUAUUGUAAGUGACAUCCAACAGGGAACUACACCAGGUGGCUUGCAGUACUCUCAGAAAGUGGCCUUGUGUCCACAGCAGGAGCCUACGGCCUCCAGCAAACGUAUGCUUUCUCCUGCUAACAGCCUGGACAUUGCAAUGGAGAAACAUCAGAAACGGGUGAAAGAUGAUCACAGCGCUGCCUGCCUCACUGAUGGCAGAUCAUUCAGUUACUUGAACUCCAAGAUGGCGGAAGUGACCAGGCAACGGAAACUGAUUCUAGUUCGACAAGUCUGUACCACUGAGUCAGUGGAUAGCCCAGUCAGUUCUGAAAGUCCUCAGCUGGAUCAAGAGAAGCCAGAAGAAACAACAAGAUCUGUACAUGAGACUGAAACUAACAGAGAUGCAACAUAUCAGGUGUCCACUCCUGCAUUCCAAAGUCCAGGCCACCAAGCGUCUUCCAGUCUGCCAGCUAACUCUACACUGAAGUCGCUAGGUAAGAGUGAGGAGAGGAAGUCCCCUGGAAAAUCUCCUUUGAGGCCAGCAACCUUCCAUGGACAGGUGAAACUGGUCUCUUCUGUGUCUGUGGUCAACACCAGAGACAGCCACCGCCUGUCCUUCCCCAGUCUGAAAACUACAACAUCCUUCACCUGGUGUUACCUUAUGAAGAGGAAGCCUCUCCACAUUCCCCAAACUGACCACAGGAUAUCGGCAUACUCUACCUGGGCCAUCAGCAAAACCAACCCAAACCCACUGGGUCUGCCUACCAAAGUGGUUAUGUCUUUAUUCGAUUCCAAACAGACAGCUAAGAAAAUGCACUACACACAAGCCAUAACCACAAGCCUGAAAUCUGACAUCUUGACGUACUCCAGCAAGCUAAAAGACAGCUUGCCUAAGGUCUUAACCCCUCAAACACCCAAGCCUAAGGAGAGCACCAGUAAAGUCAAGUCAGAUGCUCAACAGAGUAAUGAAUCAGACAGAGAAUCUUCUUCUUCCAAGACUGAGCCAAGACGAGUCAAAAUAUUUGAUGGCGGAUACAAGUCCAACGAAGAGUAUGUGUAUGUGCGUGGAAGAGGCCGGGGGAAGUACAUCUGUGAAGAGUGUGGCAUCCGCUGCAAGAAGCCCAGCAUGCUGCGGAAGCACAUUCGAACGCACAGUGAUGUCCGGCCCUACCACUGUGUAGACUGCAACUUCUCCUUCAAGACCAAAGGAAAUCUCACCAAGCAUAUGAAGUCCAAGACCCAUAGUAAGAAAUGCAUGGAGAUGGGGGUGUCGGUGAGCCCGGUAGAAGAUGCAGAUACUGAGGAUUCAGGAGAUAGAACGCGGAUGGUGGCUAUAGACAGGCCCGGCUCUGAUGGAGAUGAGUCUGACGGACCGGAUGAUGAGGACAAUGAUGCGGAGGAGGAAGACGAAGAAGACAGCCAGGCGGAGUCCAGCCUUUCGGCCACGCCGUCCGUCUCCGCUAGCCCGCAGCAUGUGCCGUCUGUCCCGGCCAGCAUCCCACCCAGCGCCCUGCUGGCCCAGAUGUCUCUCUCGAACAGCCCACCCCCUGCGGCAGCCCCAACCACCGACUGCCAGACCUCUGACACCGAGUCGGUGACCAUGAUGAGCCCCAUCUCUCCCUGCAGGCAAAUGUCCAUCGAUUACCCAGAUUCGGAGGUCCCAGUGAGCCCCCCGAGCGAUCCCCCGCCAAAGCCCAGUCAGGAUAUUCUGAACACCCCAUCUCAGACUGGGGAGGCAGGCGUUCCAGUCGACCGUGGCACCCAGACCAGCAUCCUACCUUGCUCCACCUAUUCCCACCAAGGUCCUCUUCACUUCCUGCCCCAGAGCCAGAUUCCCGAGGGCGGGGCGAGUGGGACAGCGCACCUGUUCAGCCACCUGCCUCUGCACUCGCAGCAGCCUGCCCGCACCCCCUACAGCAUGGUGCCUGUGGGUGGCAUCCAACUGGUCCCGGCCGGCCUGGCUGCAUACUCCACCUUUGUGCCUGUUCGGGCUGGUCAUGUGCAGCUCACCAUCCCAGCUGUGAGUGUCAUCCACCGGGGCAGCGGCCCCCAUUCUGGCUCUGGGCCGGAUGGCCUCUCGCAGGCUGAGGCUGCACCAGAGCCCUCUGGCGUCCUGCCCUGCUUGCCCAUAGGCCAAGUGGGCGUGGCUGGACUGCAGACCCUAGGGCCACCCCAAGCAUUGCAGCCCCUGGGUCUCGACGCCCUCGGGUUGAUGGGUCUGGCAAACACUGGUGGCUCCCCUGCACAGCUGUUACCCCAACCGAGCCUUGCGAUCAAUGCUGUCGGCCUGCAGGUCCUGGCUGCUAGCCCUAUUCCCCAAGGCAGCCCUGCCCCCCAAGGGAGUCCCACCCCCCAAACGCACUUGCCCAGCUUGCAAAUCCUCAACUUCACCCUCCCGGCCAUCAUCCCCUCCCUCAGCCCACUUCCGCCCCCGCCGGAGCCUUCGGGGACCACAGAGAGUGCCAGCACUUUCCCCAGCCACAGGGAAGCCGAGUUUCCAGUGGCUGGUGGCGCCUCAGCAGUGACCUGCCCUGCCACGCAGCUCCAACAGGAAGUGACCUCAGCCGGCAGACCCAGCACCGGUGCUGGCGAUGCUGCCCAAAAGGCGGGGGCCACAUCGCCGCCCAAUUCAUGCCAGCCCAUGAAUGGUUGUGAAAAAGCGGCACAGGGCAUUUCGACAGGGGGCAUCAAGGAGCACACCCUGAGGCAGCAUGUGACGGUCGACUACAACGACGCCUCGAGCGACGACGAGGACAGACUCGUCAUCGCCACCUGAAAGCCCCCGUUAACUUAAGUCACUUUUUUUUUCCCUUUUAUGCUGGUCAGUUUGUACAACUGGCAACACUUAAGGGGUCAGAGUCUCUGAAAUGUGUCCCUCUGUUAAAGCACAUUUUUUGACAUGUAUGUGAAUCAUAAAUGACGAUGACCAAUCUUUUUACUUUUAUCUGGACUUUUUUUUUUUUUUGUCACCUCUGGACGUUUUUCUUUUUUGUACAUGUUGUAUAGACAGUUGUGCCUUGUGUACGGACCUGUAUAUAAUCCACUGCAAAUCCAGUAGUCGUGUUUGUUCAGAGAACCUAGAUGUAAAAAAGAAAAAAAAAAAAAGACAGGAUAAAAUGGAAGUGGAAAAAUAUUUUGAAAAGUUUUAUGUAAUAGAUUUAUGGAAAACUAAACUCUAUAUGUUGCACUGAUGAAUGUCCAUUUCUAUGGCUUUGGGGCAGCGUCUCUGAGUGCAGAUGGUGGAGUUGAAUCUAUUUAUUGUGUUCCAUCGGCUGACCAAGGCCUCCAGGCCUCCAGGCCCCCUGGUCUGUGUAACUGUAGCUUCACAUUGCGGUAUCUAUCUUAUGAUCUGUAUCAGUAAAGCUUUGUUUACAAACGUGUAA